AUGAUCCCUAUUUACUCAGUUGUCGCAUGGGUUGGAACGCUCUUCUACAAGAACGAUGUGUACUACGAUUUGAUCGGAAACUGUUACGAAGCGUUCGCCAUUUCCUCUUUCUUCUCCCUGCUUUGCGCCUACGUCGCACCGGAUUUGCAUAGUCAAAAAGAGUAUUUCCGAGGCGUGGUACCUAAGCCUUGGGUCUGGCCAAUCCCGUGGUUACAAAAGAUUACCGGUGGUGAGAAAGGCGUGUGGAGAACCCCUCGCAGUGGCUUGACUUGGUUUAACGUGAUCUGGGUGGGCAUCUUCCAAUACUGUGUCCUACGAGUUCUCAUGACUGUCAUUGCGGUCAUCACGCAGCAUUUCAAUGUCUACUGCGAAGAAUCGCUCAACCCUGCGUUCUCGCACAUUUGGAUUAUGGUCGUGGAGUGUAUCGCCGUCUCGAUUGCCAUGUAUUGCCUGAUCCAGUACUACAUCCAGAUCAAAGACGACAUCAGCCAACAUUCCCCCUUCUUGAAGAUUCUCUCUAUCAAACUUGUGAUCUUCCUGUCAUUCUGGCAGUCGACGUUAAUCUCGUUCCUCUCUUCCUCGGGUGUAAUCAAAACCACCUCGACAAUUCAGUCCCCCGAUUUGAAGGUUGGACUGCCUAACAUUCUCAUCUGUAUUGAGAUGGCUAUUUUCUCGGUCCUUCACCUGUGGGCCUUUGCUUGGCAACCGUACUCGCUCCUCGCGCAAACUUCCGAUGUUACCGACUUCUAUGGCAACGGGAAGACCACCUAUCAGGGUGGUCGCUUUGGCAUUAAAGGCCUGCUGAAUGCUCUCAACCCUAUCGAUCUUCUCAAGGCGGUUGGUCGCAGUUUCCGCUGGCUCUUCGUUGGACGGAAGAAGCGGACGUCGGAUCCUAGCUACCACACCCCAACGGAGGCAUUUGGGCUGAAUGCGACCGAGAAUGUCACCCCACCCCCCGGAACCGAAUACCAAGGGCCUGCAACCGCGAUGACUGCAGGAAGAUAUGGCAGCGACGAAGAAGGCGAGGUGCUUUUGUCCCAUGCUCAGCCCAGUCCUGCUGGACUAGCCCCGGGCAUGCCUGAUGACAAUGAUCCGAACCGCUUCUACUCGCACAACCGGUUGAGCGGCUCUUCUAUACUGGAGCCCCAGCCCUCUCACAUGGCACCGCACAUGAAUAUGUCCUACGAAGAUGCCUACAAUCCGUACUUGAUCCAGUCGCAGCACCUGGCCCACGACACUUAUCACCACGAGAGCGCCGCUUCUGGAACCCCCCCGUAUCCCGACAGCAACACUGUUAUAACCGCUACUCACCCUCAACCCUACCGGCAACCCGCGCUCCAAGAACAACCUCCGAUCCCUCUUCCAGAAACGUAUCAGACCCCACCCCCUGGGUAUGAC